UUCAGGCCACUGUCAUCUUUGCCGGCGCGCGUGGCCCGGACGCUGCGCCGAGGACGUUGGGCCGAGGACCUGGUGCCAUGUCGCCCACACAAGCGGUCGCGCUGCUGCUGGAGCUCAGCUGCUACGGCUCAGCCCUGUGGAGGUACUCAAGUAAGAGCCCGCACCAUCACAUUGUUAGUACCAGAAGUGCUAUCAAGUUAGAGUAUGAAGGAACAUUAUUUUCUGAGUGGCAAGUACCAGAAACCUGUUCUAUCAAAGAUAAAAGAUCACCCAAGACAGAAAUGCAUUGUUCUGAGGGUGUUCACGCUAUAAAACCAAUUGUUACAGGCCAAGAAGAAGAAGAACGCUAUUUGCCUGUGGACACUACAUAUAUUUGUUUCCUGUGGUAUUAUACAGUUAGAAAUAUGUUUGAAACUCUUACCCAGGUCGUGUCGAUAUGGGUGUAUGAUCCAGAAUACGCAGAUUCUGAGGAGCUGCUGUGGAAGGCAGAGACACCCUCACCACUAAGAGUUCUGGUUGAUGCCAUGCUGCCCUGCUCUGGAGGCAGCCCACCAACAGUUGAGCAUUCCAGAGUACUAACCAACCAUUUCGCCAUUGUGGGACAGAAGCCUAUCAUAUAUACAACAAUUAGAAGGAAAAUUUAUGUUCCAGAUGACAAGCUGAUAAACUGGACCUGGCGUGUUACUCUUCCAAUGACCAGAGAUGAUGUGAUAAAGAAUAUCAAAGGAAGCCAAGUGAUUUUUCAAGAUUGCUUCAUUUCAGAUUUUACUUUCUUACUGACUUUUCCUGUUUACCUCCAACCUGAGGUUCCUGGGUUUUUACCGAUCUCUUCACCAGCUGGUAGUCAGUUAAUGCUGUCCUGGGAUGCCUGUUUCCCUUCUUUAGCUGUGGUGGUGGCGGACAUGGAGACCUUUCAGACAAACGAUUCAUUCUGCACUUGGUCCAGAGUCAGGGUGCCUCCGAACAUCCUGAGCGACGCUGCAAGGCACAGUGUGUCUGCUGUGCUCCUGUUGCAUGACAAUAUAUAUUUUCUAAUAAAUGGUGUUCUUUACCUAAAAGAUAUCAAAAAACUGACAAAACUAGGAAGAACAAAUCAUCUUCCAGAGGGUGAAAUUAUUGGCAUUACAUCAAGAAGAUGGUGUUGGAUCAAAUACAUAGUCAAGAAUAUAAAACUAAUAAGCAACAUUGCAGUCUGGACAAAAAAUGAAAUUUACUUUGGAUAUACUGAAGAUAAAUUUGUCAAAAUGAUAACUACUACAGAGCUGAAAAAACUUCUAAAUCUUCCGCCAACUGGUACUUUGACCAUACACAAUAUUGACUACACAGGACACCCUCUGGAACUGGCUGUGUUGUUAAAUUAUUGCAUCACAUGUACUGACACCAAAAAGAUCUACAUGGUGAUAUAUAAUGAAGACUCAAUGAAGUGGGUACCUCAAGACUUCAUAUUAGAUGUCCCCAUUGACAGUUUCUUAGUUCCACGUUUUCUAUUGUCAGGAAUGCCAGAAUUAAUCCUAUGGGACAAACAUAAGGUGUACUACUCUUAUCAAAAUUUCACAACUAUUGGAGUUCUACAAACAUCUGCAGGACAUGGAAAUCUCUCAGCAUUAUCAAAUGACAGCAUUAUUCAUGAUGUUUAUAUAGAUUCUCAGGGGAAUAUUGUGACAAAAAUGGAAAAUAAUAUAAUGUUUUACUCCAAGAGUAAUACUAAAGAUGCACUAAAGCUACAUUUAUGGACAAAUGACACAAUGAAAUCAUCAUUUUGUGUUAGUGCAUCUGCUCAAAUAUAUCUUGUAUAUGUUUUUGACGAUGGGACAAUACAACCACAGGAAUAUCCCUUAAUACUAGAAUUACAAAGUGUAGCUUUCAGAAUGAAAGAAAAAUGCCCAUACGUGAUGUUUCAUGAUAAUAUUUCAGAGUCUUUUCACUUUUUGGACAAGGGAAAGAGCCUGAAAGUUUGGGCUGAAAUAAUCUAUCCAGAAAAUACUGGUCUAGAUAUUAUCGUGAAAGUUUAUGGUCCACAAAUAUUAGAAUAUGAAGAAUCUUCUCACUAUGAAAUUGCUUUAGGAUACUGCACUAACACCCUGUCAAUGACCUUUUAUUCAAAUGUCAAUUACGAGGGAGUAGAUGAUUACUUCAGCUUUGAACACAAGAACAUGGGUAAUAUAUUUGUUCAACUCCGGCCUAGUCAGCAUGCAAAUGUGUGUCCAGUGACCCAGAAGGUGUUUCAAAUUGGUGUUGGCUGUGACCCUCAAAAAUUUAUUGAAGUUAAAGGGUUUAGCACAAUAGCAUGUGCUCACCAUGAAUUUUUUUAUGAGAUCGACAAGGCAUAUCUGAGACAUCAACCUCCUAAAAACUUGAAAGUAAGGUAUGACUGGGAAAAAUUUGGUUGCCCACUGAGACUUACUGGCCACGAAAAGUUUCAACCCUUGAUUCAAUUAUUUGAUGACAGUGGCCACAUUGAAGAUGUGGCAGUAAAUUUCAUACUGUGGGAAAUCCAUGGCAGGAAUGAUUAUAGUUACAACAACAGCAUGAAGCAGAGCGGUUGUUUAAAUGAAGCCCAGACGUGGAAGACCAUGAUCGAGCUGCAUAAGGACCUCCCAUUAGAAGAUGUCUGGGGGCCGGAGAACUAUAGGCCCUGUUUUUCUUAUGCUAUUGGAAAACCAGGAGACUUAGAUCAACCAUAUGAGAUUAUCAACAUCUCUAAUAAGAACCAUAUAUUUUGGCCCUUGCACCACUCUGGAAUGUAUGUGUUUCGUGUGAAGAUCCUGGAUCCAAACUAUAGUUUCUGUAACCUAACGACUACAUUUGCUAUAGAGAUCUCUGGAGUGAUUCCCAGACCAAGUGGCUACCUGGUUUCUGCUAUUGUCUUUGUGUUGAUGCUGAUGUUCCUCAGUGUUCUAGUUUUGAGCUACUUUCAGUAUAUGAAUCUUUACAAAAGAAAUAUUUACAACCCAUAUUACAAAACUCAAAUAAAACAAAAGAAAUAUUAAGCAUAUAUUUUAUAUGUUAUACUGAGUAUGUUUGACCAACAAAUAUUAAUUAUAAGCUCAUAGCAUUAUCAAAUUCUGGAUUUCAAAAGUGUUCUUAAAUUGCUCCCAAACAGAAAUGGUUUCAUAUAUUGUAUGCUGUGAAAUUGAUCCUUAAUGUAUUUGUAUGUUCAUUUUAAAGAUAGAUAUUCUAUGUACUCAUACAGAAUUUUAAAAAAUAAACUAGUUAUUCUAAUCCUUCCGAAGAAUAAAUUUUUGAAAAUGUAUAGAUGUCAAACAUUAUUUUGCAUAAAACUUUUCAUACGAAGCAUUAUAUGGCUAUAGUUACUUUGCAUACAAAGGACCUAAUAAAAGUGCAUGGACUUAAA